AUGAUACCUCAUUUUAUUCUUGAUCUUACAAUGGCAAUUGCCAUAAUUUUUGGAUUAGGAGGUAUUUUUUUCUUUGUUUUAACUUUUUCACUAUCAAAAAAGACAUAUAUGGAUUUUAAAAAAAAACAUGUAUUGAUAACAGGUGGAUCUAAGGGAAUAGGUAAACAAAUUGCAAUAGCAUCAUUAAAAAAAGGAGCAAAUGUUUCAAUAAUUGCAAGAGAUGAAACUUCACUUAAAAAUACAUGUGAUGAGUUAAAUAAACUUUCUUCAGAAUUAGAUAAUGGUACAAAAGCUUACUGGUAUUCUGUUGAUAUGAGUAGUGAUUUUGAAAUAAUUAAGAAUGUUAUAAAAAAUGCUGAAGAUAAAGGUGGUCCUGUUGAUAUUCUUAUUAAUAAUGCUGGUGUAUCAACACAACAGGCAUUUGAAGAAUUACCAAUUGAGGCAUUUGACAAACAAAUGAAAGUUAACUAUCUUAGUGGUGUAUACACAACACGAGCUGUUAUUGAAAAAAUGAAAAAAAGAAAUAGUGGGCAUAUUGUAUUUGUUAGUUCUGCUGCUGGCCAAUGUGCCAUUUGGGGUUACACAGCCUAUUCAGCCUCAAAAUUUGCCAUUCGUGGAUUUGCUGAUGCAUUGAGUAUGGAAGUAUUACCUUAUGGUAUUGGUGUUACAGUUCUUUAUCCACCAAAUACGAAUACUGAGGGAUUUGCUGAGGAAUUAAAAACAAUGCCAGAGGAAGUUAAACUUAUAAGUGAUUCAGCUGGAAUUUUUGAACCAUCAUAUGUUGCAGAAAAAUUAAUUAAAGGAAUUGAAAAUGGUGAUUGUAAUGUUAAUAUAGGUUUAGAUGGUUGGAUGUUAGGUCAUCUAUCAGCUGGUGCUUCUCCUGAAAAAAGUAUACUAGCAGCAACAACUCAAAUAUUUUUAAAUGGUCUAUUUCGUGGAAUUUUCCUUCUUUAUAUGGGUCAUUUUAAUAGGAUUGUUAGGCGUUGUAAAAGAAAAAGAGAAACAACAGAAGAGGACUGUUAA